AGGUUACCUUCUGACCAUCUCAAAGAGGAGAGAAAGGGGACUCUGAUGGCUCACCGGUACCCUUCUUGGAUCUUCAUCAAUGAGAGGACAUUCAUAACCAGAGAACAACUUAAUUCUUUAUUGAAGACCUAUAACAUUUUUUAUGGGAACCAGAAGAAUCUACAUAUUUUAUAUGAUCAGACUGAAGAUGGCAAACUAAUUGUUGAAGGAAUGCUGGAUAUUUUCUGGGGAGUAAAACGACCUAUACAGCUGAAAAUACAAGAUGAGAAGCAAAUCCCUUCUUUUAUGAUGUUGACAUCACCAGACUUCCUUUCCAGCGGAGGGAGAAUGACACGCUGGGGAGAAUUUGAUGAUCUUUAUCGUAUUAGUGAGAUGGACAGGACCCAGAUUCCAGUGUCUGAAACAAAGAAUUCCCAGGAAGACUAUUUAUCUUAUCACAGCAGCACUCUGAAGCCACAUGCAAAUGAAGAGCCAGAAUCCCCACUGCUCUAUAGAACCAUGAGUGAAGCCACCCUGGUGAGAAAAAGGAGGAAGUCUCCAAUGAUGGGCAGAAAAGACAGACAGAACCAUAGGGCCUCUAUUAAUGGACACUUCUAUAACCAUGAAACAUCAAUUUUUACUCCAGCCUUUGGAUCAGAAACUAAGGUCAGAAUAAACAGUACCAUGAGAACUGAAGAAGUAAUAAAGCAACUUCUCCAAAAAUUUAAGAUUGAAAAUAGUCCCCAGGAUUUUGCUCUUUACAUUAUUUUUGCAACAGGAGAACAGAGACGGCUAAAAGAGACAGACAUUCCCCUACUGCAGAGGCUCCUACAGGGACCUUCCAAAAACAAUGCUCGCAUUUUCCUCAUGGAUAAAGAUGCAGAAGAAAUCAGCAGUGAUGUGGCUCAGUACAUUAACUUUCAUUUUUCACUCUUGGAAUCCAUUCUUCAAAGACUAAAUGAAGAAGAGAAAAGAGAGAUUGAAAGGACAGUAACAAAAUUCAAUACAGAAAAAGCUAUUAUACUGAAAUGUCUUCAGAGCAAACGGGCAGUGAAAACAGAGACUACAGUUUAACAGUACAGGCCACUGUUGCUAAAACGCUUCAACAAAGAGAGAUAUUACUAUUUGAUGAAUGCGUAAACUCUGUACUUGCAUUCAUACAAGUAUGUAUGACCUUGAAUCUAUAGAAAAUUGAGUGUCGGAAAAGCUUGUUUCUCCUUGAAGUGAUGAGGUUCCCUAGGGUUCACAACUGGACUAAAAUGAGCUUGAAUUUAGUUUCAGUAACUGAAAUAAGCCUGGAUACCGUGUAUUCCAAAUUUCUUUUAUAGUAAAACAUGUAAUGAACUCGAAUAUAAAUGGUGUCUUCAAAUAGGCAGAUUAAUCUUCUUUUAGCUUGAACUCUCAAGAGAACUGAAACAUCAUCAACCGACUCAGAAAUGACUCAGAAGUAAAAGCUGCCAGUUCUUGAAAUAAAAAAGAAGUACAUUUUUACACUGUCCAGGAAUCUGAUGGCGACAGCGUUUCACAGCUCCUUGAAAACUCUGGCAUUUUCAUAACAUCUAGGACUAUCUUUAUAUGGGUAGGUGACUUCUGGCUGUCUGGAACAUCAGAGCUGUCUGUCCUUUGGGAAGGAAAAGAUUAUGGACUCUGUUAAAAAAUCCGAAUUGCAGUUUCUCAACCUGGGUUCUUCUUUUUGCUUCUCUCUCUAUUCUACUGCUGACUUCCCAAACUAUUCUUAAGCCUUUUUAAAAAGGUUAGUCGAACUCUUUUUCUUUCUUUAUUUUUCCAAACAAAUACACCACAGAUACUUAAUAUAUUGCAUCAGCUAAAACAAAACUUGGUCCACAAGUACUUAUUUGUUGCUGAAUGAAUGCAAUGGAAUGGAUAAAGCAAAGCUGUUGUAGCUGAAGCUAGGCAGAGAAUCUGGAGCUUUUACCCUCCUGGCAUCUUUCUUAUUCUACAAGACAGCUCUCAAGGUAAUUGCAGGUCUGCUUAACCCAUUUGAAAAAACACUGAGAAUGAAGAAAUGCCGCAAGUAUCAUCUAUGAUUUCAUUAUGAGCUCUAUAUUAAAAUGGAGUUUUACAUAGCAUUCUUCCAUUCUCUAAACUAAUUUCAUUUGCAUUCCUAAUAAGCAUUGUAUCAAAUUAUUUGAUCACAUUACAUGUACUAAGGAAUAAGGUUGUAUAUAAUAAACACAGCUGGAAGAUUAAUUAUCAAUGUUAAAAUCUGAAAUAUUUUUAAGACAAAGGUAUUACUUCUCAGUAUGACCAAAACCUAAACUGGAUAAAGAUAAAAGUGUACUAUGGCCUUUUUAAUCCUAGGAAAUCUCUCUUCCUGAGUAAAACAGAGGCUUAUCCUUUUAUCUAUUAAUUAAUAAGAAAACAGUCUCAUCUCACUAAAAUAGGAUAAAUGUAAUAGUUAAAAUUCAGAACACUAUAAAAAAGUUAUAGUGUCAAGUGCUUGCCAUAAACAAGACAAAAGAUUAAUCUUUAAUAGAUAGAAAGUCUAUAAAUUGCAUAAGAAAAAAAGCCUUGCAUAGAAAAAAAAAACAAGGUCAAUGGUGUGGGAAAAAAAAGUCACAGAAGAGGAAAUGCAAUAGCUACUAAAUAUAUGAAAAAAAAGUCUCUUAACAGUGAUUAAUUGUAUUAAUCUGUAUCCAAUCAGGAGACAGAACCCAUGCAGUAAUUUAAAUAGGGGGAAUUUAACCUAACGAAUUAUUAAGCUGUGAUAGCAGAGUAAAGAUAAAGAUGGAAAGAGAACUCUAACGCUGAGGGAGAGAACUCUGAAAACGAAAAGCUUGGAACAGGGGUUUCUGAAUUCAGAGGUUAUAGCCCACUGGAUAGGAGAAGUUUGCUGGGUUGCCCAGGCCAGAGCAGGACCACGGGUGCCAGGCAAGCAGGUACAACCCUCUGGAGUGUAGGUGACCUGAGGCAGGUGGGCAGAUGUGCGGAGGAACUUGGGGCUUGCUAAAAGGUGGCAACAAAGGAGUCAGGGCUGCUGCUGCAGGCUCUGCUGGGACUGAGAGCUGGAGGGACCUCCUUUGCAGGAAUCUAGUACAGCUCUCUUUGUGAUUCGGGGUGGGGCAUCUCUGAGGCUGCGUAGAACAAAGGUCGGGCAAGUGGCUCCCUAGUUGGCCGGCCUCACAGGACUGUCUCCAUGAGUGUGCACCCAGCGGAGGUGAAGACAUGGAGAGCAGUGAUUGGAGCAAAGGGACAGCCUAGCCUGGGGCUCUAGGUUUUCCCACCACUGCCCAGAUCAAAAGCUGGAGAGGCACGUAGGGGAACAAAUGCUGGAGAAAGCUGCACCUUACAGGCAACUAGCCCUGGGAAAACUACUCUGGGCAGAGCAAUAGGGGGAAAAAGCCUGCUUUUCAGGAUCCUGGUCUGCCAGUACCUAGGAAUCUGGAAAGAUCUCUUCUUCCUGCACUGUUUCUCCAGCGCCCUCUACUGACAAAGCAUGACGUCGUGCAAGCUGUAAAGGAAACAUUUUCAGGGAGCAAGUAACAGUGAAUUUGGAGCUGGGAGACAAUAAAAUAUAUAAUAGUAACCCCUAAAAGAUAUUUGUUAUAUUAUUAUUUAUUAUGACAAGAGGAAGUAAAUAUCCUAAGCAUUCAAAAAAUAGAAAAAAAGAUGAAAGAAGGAAAGAAACAUCUACUCAUAGAAUGUUAUGUAGCCAUUAGAAUUGUUUCCAAAUAAAUUUUAAUUAUAGGGAUAAGUUUUCUUUAUAUAUAAAAAUAAGAAUAUAUACACAUAUAUUC